UGUUCCCUCAACAUCACGGAUGCUGUUCUUGGCCAGAUCACCUGGUGUUGGUCAGAGAAGGUCUUCCUGCCUUCCCUUCGUCAUCGGUUUUGGAAGUUGACCUUGCAGUUACUGAACGCCUUCGUCUAUGCCAUCAAGUCCGCGCAACCUCCUGUAGACGAUGCGCAAAAUGACCUGCUGAGCAUCAGGUCGCUGUUUGCCCUCCUCACAGACGGCCACUUGGUUUUGCGAUGGAUUUCCAGUGGAAAUUUAGAAAAAAUGGUUCUUCACAAUUUCGCCCUCACUCCUGUCGGCCCGAAGACGGCUCGUCUCGCCGACUUGGUGAAGGUACAAAACACGCCUGUCUGGUUAACAGACUGCUUGGAGGACUGCAGUGAACGAAUUCGUGCAGCUCUCGAAUGCGUCAAAACGAACGUUUGCACCUCCUUCCAGGAAUCAAUGAAGGUUCUUAUUCGGCAAGUCCAGGACCUCCCACGUAAGUAUCGUCGAACAAGCCGUGACUGGCCAACGUCACCGUCCACGUACAUGUUGUCAAUGAACAAGAAGCUGUCAAGUCUGGCAGAGGAAGUAACAACUGCCCUUACCCGUUCUGGCUCAGUCUCCUCGGCAGAUCUCGAGGGUGAACUCAAAGUACUGUUCGAUGAUCUUGUCCUCAAGACUACACAAAUGUAUCAGGCGCAAACGGAGGAGUUGAUAGCUUCAGUGAAGAAGGUGGAGGACAGUUUAAGACGACUUAGGGUGGCGCGCAGUGGUUCCACGGUUUCCAGUGCAGCGCAAACGGACGACGAUAAAAUCCGCCAACAGGUCCACUUGGAUACGACAGCUUAUGCUAAACACCUUGAAACACUGGCCCUGCUCUCGGAGACUGAUCGUCAGACCUGUCUAUCUGCCCUUUCACCGAAUACCGUGACGCCGGCCGGAUCCAGCCCUGCGGGAACGCCUUAA